GGCCCCCACAGCACUAGCACCGCCGCCACUCCCUCCUUCCGCCGCCAUGAUUAUCUACCGGGACCUCAUCAGCCAUGAUGAGAUGUUCUCCGACAUUUACAAGAUCCGGGAGAUCGCAAACGGGCUGUGCCUGGAGGUGGAGGGGAAGAUGGUCAGUAGGACAGAGGGUACCAUUGAUGAUUCACUCAUCGGUGGAAAUGCCUCUGCUGAAGGUCCUGAGGGUGAAGGAACAGAUGCCACUGUAAUCACUGGAGUUGACAUAGUUAUAAAACAUCAUCUGCAAGAAACUAGCUUCACAAAAGAAUCCUACAAAAAGUACAUCAAAGACUACAUGAAAUCAAUCAAAGGCAGACUUGAAGAACAGAAGCCAGAUAGAGUAAAACCUUUUAUGACGGGAGCUACAGAACAAAUCAAACAUAUCCUUGCUAAUUUUAAUAACUAUCAAGAACAUCCAACCUGUGGCACGGUGUCAAGCAGCUCCUCUCCCACCGCUGUUUUCCAAGUAGAACUAGUACGAGGAGCUGGAUAA